AAAUUUAUUGGUUUACCAAAUACAUGGAAUUUAUUGUUUGUUCGUCAUUCAGUUGCUGCUUAUCACUUAUGGUGAGGAAGACGUCAAGCAGCAAUUUUGAGAAGAUAGUGCGAAACACAGGAAUUCGAAAACAAGAUCAUAAGUUGCGCACAUUAUUUCCGUGGAUAGGCGUCAAUAUAUUGUUACAGAUUGUGGUCGAGAAGAUCGUGCUUAAUAUUUUCAACAAAAGAGUUAGUCAUGAGCGAUUACACUCAUCAAGAGGAGGUUCCCCUCGAGAAGGUUGUCAUUCUGGUUAACAACAGAGAAGAAGACAUGUUUCCGGAUAAAGAGAUAAGUUCAAUCUUUGAUCGAAAUGUAUUCGGUACAGAAAAUUGUUCCUUUGAAGUGAAUCCAGUGGAUCAAGAAAUAAAUGUCGCUAAAACGACACAAAAUAUCAGUGUAUUUGUUGGUGAACGUAGUCAACGCAAUGUUUUCAGUUCGUUUGAACAAACUGGUGACGGGAGUUAUCGCAACCAGACAAGUGAGAUCGAACCGUACCAUCAAGGAGAACCAGAUUUUGAAGCUAUGCAGCUGGACGAUAGCCUUCUCGUUAACAACAGAGAAGAAGACCUGUUUCCGGAUGAAGAGAUAAGUUCAAUCUUUGAUCGAAAUGUAUUUGGUACAGAAAAUUGUUCCUUUGAAGUGAAUCCAGUGGAUCAAGAAAUAAAUGUCGCUAAAACGACACAAAAUAUCAGUGUAUUUGUUGGUGAACGUAGUCAACGCAAUGUUUUCAGUUCGCUUGAACAAACUUAUGACCGGAGUUAUCGCAACCAGACAAGUGAGAUCAAACCGUACCAUCAAGGAGAAACAGAUUAUGAAGCUACGCAGCUCGGCGAUAGCCUUCUCGUUAGAAAGAGAGAAGAAGACCUGUUUCCGGAUGAAGAGAUAAGUUUAAUCUUUGAUCGAAAUGUAUUCGGUACAGAAAUUUGUUCCUUUGAAGGGAAUCCAGUGGAUCAAGAAAUAAAUGUCGCUAAAACGACACAAAAUAUCAGUGUAUUUGUUGGUGAACGUAGUCAACGCAAUGUUUUCAGUUCGCUUGAACAAACUUGUGACCGGAGUUAUCGCAACCAGACAAGUGAGAUCAAACCGUACCAUCAAGGAGAACCAGAUUAUGAAGCUAUGCAGCUCGGCGAUAGCCUUCUCGUUAGAAAGAGAGAAGACCUGUUUCCGGAUGAAGAGAUAAGUUCAAUCUUUGAUCGAAAUGUAUUCGGUACAGAAAUUUGUUCCUUUGAAGUGAAUCCAGUGGAUCAAGAAAUAAAUGUCGCUAAAAUGACACAAAAUAUCAGUGUAUUUGUUGGGGAACCUAAUCAACGCAAUGUUUUCAGUUCUCUUGAACAAACUGGUGACGGGAGUUAUCGCAACCAGACAAGUGAGUUCGAACCGUACCAUCAAGGAGAACCACAUUCUGAAGCUAUGCAGCUCGACGAUAGCCUUCUCGUUAACAACAGAGAAGAAGACAUGUUUUCGGAUGAAGAGAUAAGUUCAAUCUUUGAUCGAAUGGAUUUUCAAUCAUUGCAGCUCGUCGUCAGCCAUCUCGUUGACAACACAGAAGAAGAUACGAUGCAUAAUGAUAAUGACCCUGAAAAUUGGUUCUACUUUUCUUUCAGUGAAAGAUACGAAGAGCUCGAUUUGAUGUCAACGAUUUCAGAACUUUGACUAUUGAUACUUGACAUGGCAUGUAUAGCCUCUGCCCUUUAGUAACUGUCGUCUUUAUAAAAUGUUACCAUAAGCAUUACUGUUGCAUUAUUACAGAAUAGUGUAAAUUAGAACGUCAUGAACACGUAAAUCUAUGGUAAAUACUUACCUACUUAAGUAUGUUGACUUAGGUCAACACCUAAUUGAUUGCAUUAAAGCAUUAAUUGAGAAACAUAUGUAUGUUGUCUUCUUAGUUAUGUGAAUAAACAUAAAUUUCUGUAUAGUUGUGUAAUUAACUGUUCUAACAUUAAGUAUAAUCUCAGAUUAUAAACAGAAAACCAGUACAGAUUGUCUAUGUUAUUUUAGGGGGAGGGGGGGGAGAUAUCCAUUUAACUUAUUUUCUUUCCAUAUCGACACAAGUCUUCUAUUGACAGGAAUGAACUGUGCCUCAAGGUAUUCGCAGUCAGAGGUAUUAAGUAUACAUGUGCAGGCUUCAAAAACCAUGAACAUUCUUCCAACUAAUCAAUAUAAACACCAGGUACAAAGAAAGUUCCUCCAAAAGUUUAUUUUUGCAAAUUAUAAUUGCAUCCCAGAUAGUCAAACAAAGUGCUAGACUUAUAAUAACUUACCAAAUGCCUUGUAAAGAUUGGGGUCACGUAAAGUGGUAUAAUCAGUUUCACUCAUUAUUCAGUAACAUUAUUCGUUGGUUGACGUCAUCGAGUUAAGCAGUCUGAAAUUCUCAGACAAUGUUCUCUUAGCAGUGUUCCUUCAUAUUACUAAAAAAGGUGAAUGGGAAUUCCCAAGUAUUAACUGGGGAAUCACCGUUGAAUGAGAAAAUUGCUUGUACCGUGUUGCUGCUUAUCACUUAUGGUGAGGAAGACGUCAAGCAGCAAUUUUGAGAAGAUAGUGCGAAACACAGGAAUUCGAAAACAAGAUCAUAAGUUGCGCACAUUAUUUCCGUGGAUAGGCGUCAAUAUAUUGUUACAGAUUGUGGUCGAGAAGAUCGUGCUUAAUAUUUUCAACAAAAGAGUUAGUCAUGAGCGAUUACACCCAUCAAGAGGAGGUUCCCCUCGAGAAGGUUGUCAUUCUGGUUAACAACAGAGAAGAAGACAUGUUUCCGGAUAAAGAGAUAAGUUUAAUCUUUGAUCGAAAUGUAUUCUGUACAGAAAUUUGUUCCUUUGAAGUGAAUCCAGUGGAUCAAGAAAUAAAUGUCGCUAAAAUGACACAAAAUAUCAGUGUAUUUGUUGGGGAACCUAAUCAACGCAAUGUUUUCAGUUCUCUUGAACAAACUGGUGACGGGAGUUAUCCAACCAGACAAGUGAGAUCGAACCGUACCAUCAAGGAGAACCACAUUCUGAAGCUAUGCAGCUCGACGAUAGCCUUUUCGUUAACAACAGAGAAGAAGACAUGUUUUCGGAUGAAGAGAUAAGUUCAAUCUUUGAUCGAAUGGAUUUUCAAUCAUUGCAGCUCGUCGUCAGCCAUCUCGUUGACAACACAGAAGAAGAUACGAUGCAUAAUGAUAAUGACCCUGAAAAUUGGUUCUACUUUUCUUUCAGUGAAAGAUACGAAGAGCUCGAUUUGAUGUCAACGAUUUCAGAACUUUGACUAUUGAUACUUGACAUGGCAUGUAUAGCCUUUGCCCUUUAAUAGCUGUCGUCUUUAUAAAAUGUUACCAUAAGCAUUACUGUUGAAUUAUUACAGAAUAGUGUAAAUUAGAACGUCAUGAACACGUAAAUCUAUGGUAAAUGCUUACCUACUAAAGUAUGUUGACUUAGGUCAACACCUAAUUGAUUGCAUUAAAGCAUUAAUUGAGAAACAUAAGUAUGUGGUCUGCUUAGUUAUGUGAAUAAGCAUAAAUUUCUGUAUAGUUGUGUAAUUAACUGUUCUAACAUUAAGUAUAAUCUCAGAUUAUAAACAGAAAACCAGUA